AUGAUGGACGACGAAGACGAUGAUUUCUAUGAUCCCGCCGAUGCGGUGCCGGCAACCCAGAAUCAGAAUGGUUCUCAUACCGCAACAGAUUUCAGACCCCAGGACGAUGGCGAAGAGGAGGAAGUCGAGGUAGAAGAAGAUGAAGAUGACUUCAAUAUCAUCACGGAAGCGCCAGCCGAUGCCCCUCCUCCAGAAGCUCAACAUCCCCGUCACGUUAGCCUACGCGCUGAGUCCCAGCGACCCUCAUCUGCAGAUUCCUCCGCAAUAUCGAAAUCGAUAACACCUACCGCUACCCCCAAAGUCGAGGCUGCCACUCCGGUGUCCGUUAGUGUGAGGCCUGCGGCGCCUCAAAAGCCCGGUUCUGCCUACCCCCCAGUCCAUGCGUCAAAUAUCGAUGUUCAUGCGAACCCCAUCCAUCCAGCGACGGGGAAGCCAAUCAUGUUGACCGAUAUGGAUACCGAUUUUCCAGAGGACGAUAAGCCUUGGAGGCGGCCAGGCUCCGACAUUACGGAUUAUUUCAAUUACGGGUUUGACGAAUUCACAUGGGCCAGCUAUGUAUUGAAACAACAAGAACUACGCAAGGAGAUUGGGGACCAGAAGAAACAAUUGGAUGAUAUGCAGGCUUUCUUGACCAUGGGACUUCCGCCAAUGCCGGGGGGUCCUCAGCCAGGACCUGGAGCGCCUCCAGGAAGCGCACCCCCUCCUAUGCCUGGCAUGCCGGACAUGUCACAAGAGAUGAUGCAAGGCAUGCUGACGAGCAUGAUGUCGCAAGGCCUAGAUCCCUCGUCCAUGGACCCCAUGGCAUUUAUGCAGCACGCGCAGGCCAUGAUGGGCGGGCAACCCGGCGGAGGCGGCGGCCAACAAGGUCAACCCGGAUUUGGCGGGCAGGGUGGUGGCCAGCCUCAGAUGGGAUACGGGGGUGGCUUUGGUCGGGGCCGCGGGAGAAGAUGUCAUUCUUUCCUCCGUAACGUCAAGAGCCUUGCUCCCCUCCUGGAUCGCGUCCUGGUCCAGCGCGUCAAGCCCGAGGCCAAGACUGCCUCCGGUAUCUUCCUGCCCGAGAGCAGCGUCAAGGAGCAGAAUGAGGCCAAGGUCCUCGCUGUUGGCCCCGGUAUCUUCGACAAGAACGGCCAGCGCCUUCCCAUGAGCGUCGCCCCCGGUGACCGUGUCCUGAUCCCCCAGUUCGGUGGCAGCGCCGUCAAGGUCGGUGAGGAGGAGUUCACUCUCUUCCGCGACCAUGAGCUCCUUGCCAAGAUCAGCGAGUAA